UCAAUGACCUGUAAAUUACCGUGGGGUGUGUAAAUAAAAUACGUUACAGGUUUUGUAACUACCCAUUACCAUCCCUGUUGCAUUUCUCAAUUUUUAUGUAAACGCAGAUUUACUUGAAGGUUAUAUGUUCACUACAGGCGAACAGUCAAACUUUUGUACAUGUCAGUGUCACCUUUCCCAUAAAAAAUGUCACUUGCAAACAAAUUUCUGUCGAUCUUAACACGAAGGUAUCGCCUAAAGAAGAGUUAUUGCUCGUCCAAUCGAUGUUCGAGCAGCACAAAGGACCAAAUCCUCCACCACCUCUCCAACCCCGCCGAAUGUCAUAGAAGUAAAGUGAGCAUAAUCGGCGUGGGAAACGUCGGUAUCGCUGUGGCAGUAAGUUUGCUUGCGCAGAAUAUCACCAAUGAUAUCGCGAUUGUAUCGCUCAAUGAGCAAAAGCUGAAAGGUGAAGUGCUCGAUCUUCAGCAUGCCUCGCAGUUUUUGUACGAUCCAAGUGUGGUCGGCGGCACGGAUCUGAAAAUUACCCAAAAUUCGUACGUGACGAUAAUAGCGGCGAGCGACAAGGAUGUCAAACCUCUCGAUAUGAUACGAAAUAUCUCUGCUGAUGUCAUUAAACACUCGCCUCAUACAUUUUUGAUUAUAGUAUCAGACCCGGUGAAUGUUCUCACCCAGGAAUGUGCCAAAACUCUUGGUGUGCCCAAAAAUCGGAUAAUCGGAACCGGCUGUCACGUCGAUUCGGUCAGAUUGAGGCACCUAAUAUCUCAAAAGUAUGGCGUGGCGCCAGAGAGUUGCAGCGGCUGGGUGCUUGGCGAUCACGGAGACUGUAGCGUUAUAGCGUGGUCAACAUUGUCCGUUGGCGGUACGCGCAUAUCCUCAACGGACCAAUGGCCUGGCCUUCACGAGGAAAUAAUAAAGGUGACCAAGUACGACGGCAAAAGUACUUCGACUUGGACCAUAGCGCUUAGCAUCAGCGACAUGGUCAAAUCAAUUCUGCAGAACACACGCAAAGUUUUUUCGGUCAGUGUGCCCGUAAAGGGGUUUUACGGAAUCAUGGACGAUGUCUACCUUUCUUUGCCGAGCGUUUUAGGUGCAAAUGGAGUGUCCGAGAUAGUCCAGCUGCCUUUAACGGAUACCGAAAUUGAAGCUCUGCAACGAGCUGCUUGUCAUAUGAAAACUCUCCAACAAGAACUUACCUGCUAAUUAAUAUACUACAAUUUAAUUUACUCAGCUACUUAUACUCCUUUUUAUAAAUGCUAUAGUAUUUAUGUAAUGCGUUGUUUAUUUCAGGGCCGGAGAAAAGGUCGCCGCUUAAUGUAAAUCUAAUAACACCCCGUGUACAUAAGAGAGGCACACAGUUUUGAUUGGUAAACUUGCUAGCCACUUCAAAUAUAGCGCAAUGAAACGUUUUGCAUCUUGCACCUCAACGCUUUCGUGGUAGCCAUUUAUUUAAAUGAGAGUACGCUAGGCAACAACUUUAUUGGUUUACGUUUCGCGCAAUUCACGGUUGAAAAUAUAUCCGUCGUCUGUUAAAAUAAGUUCCCUUGUUGCAUAAAACUAGUCUCCUAUUGACUUUGUUCGAAAGGGCAGCCCCCACUUGAUAAAGCACCUACCAAUAUAUGACAAUAGAUUCGUCGAAAAUGGUUUCACAAUCUUCGGUUGGGAGACCAACGUUUCUCCCACGCACUGCGGUUAUACGGAUCUUUAAAAUGGCGUACAUAAGUUACGAAGGAUUUCAUUUCACGCGAUCUAUAAAUCUCCGCGCUCAUGAUACGUAAAUUUGCAUCAGUGCACCCUCCAGAUUUUUACUUAAAUACCUCGUCGAAUCCCAAGUACCAAACGACCCCCUUUUUCCGACCGCAACUGUUGCGGAAAGCGCGCCUU